UGGCAGGAAGUGUCUGUCUCUCCCUGUGCAAGCACCUUCUGUCCCCUCUCACUAUGGCUGUCUGGACUCGAGCUUCUAAGUCUGGACUCCUGGACCUUCUUCUGCAUGAUCACUGGGUGCGUGUACAGGCUGAGCUAACAGGGGAGAGCCUGACCCUGACAUCGGAACCAGAACCUUGUGGAGCACUCAAUGGUCUCAGUAAUGGCACUGAGCUGGCCCCAAGCUCUCCCCGCAGAGGACUUUCUGCCUCUGGACGCUCUGAGACCAGUUCUCCCAGGACAGGGUCAGAUUAUGGCUCAGAAUCUGGACUUGGCAGUCCCGGGACUCGGUUUCCUUUAGACAGUCCAACUGCAGAACUGGGUUGUGAAGCGGUGAGGAAAGUACGAGUGGUGAAACAAGAAGUUGGUGGUCUGGGAAUCAGUAUUAAGGGUGGUCAAGAAAAUCGAAUGCCUAUCCUCAUCUCCAAGAUCUUCCCCAAACUGGCAGCAGAUCAGAGCCGAGCACUAAGAGUAGGAGAUGCCAUCCUAUCUGUUAAUGGGAACGACCUGCGAAAUGCCACCCAUGAUCAAGCAGUACAGGUGCUCAAAAAAGCUGGGAAGGAGGUGACACUGGAGGUUUGCUUUCUUCAGGACGUGUCGCCUUAUGUCCGGAAGGCAUCCUUGGUGGGCGACCUUCCAUGGGACAACUCAGCCCCCCACUCACCCACACACAGUGACAACGCAGGAUCCCCCAAACCUAAUGCCAAGGACUGCAAAAUGAUCCCCCUAAAAAUGUGCUACACCGCUCGAAACCUUAGUGUGUCUGAUCCAGAGGGACGGCUGGUGGAAUUACGCUCCCCAGAUGGUUGUCAUUCCCUUGUACUCUGCUGUAGAGAUUCAGCAUCUGCUCUCAGUUGGUCUCAGGCUUUGCACAAUAACAUCACUGCUCUGCUGCCGCAAGUCCUGGCGGAGACGCACCGCAUGCUAGGAGCCACGAGUGAAGAACUCAGGCAUCUGGGCUGGGUGGCAGAACAGGUGUCUGUGGAUGAUGGGCGAUCUGUCUGGCAACCAGCGCUUGCUGCAGUCACACAAAGAGAUUUUCUGAUCUUUGAUGCAAUGCCAAGGACUAAAGAGGAGUGGGGGAGCCCAAAACAGAGACUACCACUAAUCUCUACAAGGUUGGUGCAUUCUGGGCCGGGAAAUAGUUCACCAUCAUUAGGUUCACAUUUAACUUUCGGCACUCGCACGGGCUGCCCACAAGGAAUAGAUACCCGCGUUUUCCGUGUGGAGAAUCAACGAGACCUUUCUGUGUGGACACGGGCACUGGUACAGGGCUGUCACGUUGCAGCAGAGCUUACACGUGAAGUCUCAAUCAGCUGUUCUCUGCGUGGAGAGGGAGUCUCGCUUUCCAUACACUAUGACACAGGAUUCACAGUGUCCCGAGGAGGGCCAUCUGGCCCUGUGCUGCAUAAAUACCCCUUUGAAAAGCUCAAGAUGUCAGCUGAUGAUGGAAUUCGGACACUUUAUCUGGACUUCGGGGGGCCAGAGGGCGAGCUGGUGAGGAGUGUUAAAGCUGUGCCCUGGAUAUGCAUACUUGUCCGAAGCCUGUUGUUUUCCUGUUACACACAUUCCUUUCCGCUAAAGUCACCCGAAUGGGGCUGCUGGCGUGAUUCUGGGGUUUGGAUAAACAACACGCGCAUUUACAGGGCUUAUAUCCUCAAUCCGUGCCUUCCACAGACCAGCAAAGAUCCAGUCAACCAAAUGUUAAAGAGCAGAGUGGGGACAGCCCUAUUAAUCCUCCCUCAAGGGUGACACAAUAACACCAAAAAAGACAUAGGAGUGUGUAUUUUUUUUAAUAUAAGGUGACUGUAACGCAGCCAGAGUGGAACUAUGGAACAUUGUCUCUCUCUCUUCACUACGCGGAGACUGAUGAUGUAUGUAAUCUCAAACAGCAAUAUUUCCGGCUAUAUGGAGAGGUGGGGCUAUAAAUAGUAUUUCAAAAGUGCAGAUACUUAUAAUUGUAUUAUUAUUUUGUUCUUGUUUUUUUUAAAUUGAGAUAAAUCUGCACUUGUCUGUGACUUUUAAGGAUUGUCCCUGUCACUAUAAAGUAACAGUGACAUAGACACAAAAAUACUUUAAAGUCAAAUAGUCUGCACCAUCCUCUGCAGUGACAAUCAAUGCUAUAUAACUACCCUUCCUCUUUUGGAAUAUUAAGCCAUGCUAUAAUCUUAUGACCAAAUGUGCCUUUUAUUUUAUAGCUGCCUUAUGAAAUGUUUACUGAGCACAACCCAUAUUUAUAGAUAAUAUAUAUAUAUAUUUACAUAUAUAUGCACAAUAAUAUAACUAAAAACUCCAUUCAUAGGAGCAUAUUCUGGAAUAGGGACCAGGUGUCACAAAGUAGGACUAAUCAUUUGCUGCUGUUUUAAGCAGCAGAUGACAAUAAAUUACCAAAGAUCUCUCUGUACAGAGGUAAUAGUGAUGUAUCAAUGUAAAGAUGCAAGUUGAGUGAACAAUUUAAUAUUUUGUAUUAAAGGUAUUAUUAAGAGAAACAUGUGUUCAGGAAUAAUAUCAGGCUAAACUGUGUGGUAUAUGCAAUUAUUAAUAUGAUAGAUAUAUUUAUAUGCAGAGCUUUGUUUAAAGAUUACCCAUCUUGCUUUGCACAGAUGAGCAGAUAAAGUUCACUUCCUGAACACUAAAAUUGUCUACAGACAAACAUAUUUUCAAAAUCAAAGGGCCCUUUUACUCAAAAUGUUUGUAUAGGGCAUAUAAAAGAACAGCAUUUAAAGAGACAUGGAAUGUAAAAUAUUUCUUUUAUGAUUCAGAACAUACAUUUUUUUUUUAUCAACUUUUUAAAGGGACAUGAAACCCCAAAUUUUUAUUUCAUGAUUUAGGUAGAACAUACAAUUUUAACAACUUUCCAGUUUACUUCUAUUAUCAAAUUUGCUUCAUUCUCUUGUUAUCAUUUGUUGAAGAAGCAGCAAUGCACUACUGGUUUGUAACUGAAUACAUGGGAGAGCCAAUGACAAUCAGUUUAUAUAAAUAUGCAGCCACCAACCAGAAGCUAGAAACUAGGUUCUUUGCUGCUCCUGAGCUUACCUAGAUAAACCUUUCAAUAAAGGUUAACAAGAGAAGGAAGCAAAUUAAAUAAUAGAAGUAAAUUGGAAAGUUGUUUAAAAGAGUAUUCUCUGUCUAAAUAAUGAAUGUCUAAUUAUGACGUUACUGUCCCUUUAUUUGACUAAUUUACUUCUAUCAUCAAAUUAGUUUCAUUCUCUUGGUAUCUUUUGUUGAAUAAGCAGCAAUGCACUAUUCGAAGCUAGGGGAACACACCUGAUUAGCCAAUGACAAAAGGCAUAUAUGUGCAGCCAUCAAUCAGCAGCUAACUUUCGGUAGUGCAUUGCUGCUCUGGACUACCUAGGUAUGCUUUUCAAGGAAGCAUACAAAGAUAAGGAAGAGAAUGAAAUAAUAUAAAUUGGAAAGUUGUUUAAAAUUGUAUGCCCUAUCUAAAUUAUGAAAAAAAAAUUGGGGUUUCAUGUUAUUUUAAAAAAAAUCUUUUGCUUUAAAAAUGUGAAGUACAAGGUAAAACUGCAGUAUCAGUUGUGAUAAUUAGCGGAUAAGGACAGCUCUCAUAGCUGUAUAGACAGAAGGGAUAGGCCUCUGCAAUAUGGACGACAGAACAAACAUUGAUUUAUUCAGGUCAAGAAUAUACAUUUAAUAAAAAUGUAUUUUGAAAUGUUUUCUUUCAGGUGAAGCAAAUAAAAAAAAAAAAUACUAAAAUAUUGCGUGAAGGUCUUUUACAACUGUAUCUGAAAUAUAUCAUGUUUUCCAAAUACUUGGUGAAAAAUGCAGUAUUUGAUCAUCAAUAAAAAUAUUGUCAAGAAAA